AUGUCCGAACAACCUGAUGAGGCACUUCAUACUCUCCUUGAUACCUUUGUCCCAGGGCUUUCAUGGCUUAUACGGCUCAUCUCGACCGCUCUGGGUGUUCACCUGUUGUCUUCUGUUCUGCCGUUGGUUGCCCUUCCGAUCAUUUUGACGUUCUUGCUGCCGUCACUUUCGAGGGCUCUGGAACCCAUCAUUUCACUAUUUGUCGCCUCCGCGGAAAUCAAACACCGGAAUAAUCUAUACCCUCAAGUUAUGAGAUGGACAUCUAGUGUCAGAUUUCACAGCUGCUCAAGCUCCGUUGUUGUUGGGAUUACGGAGGCAUUCGGAUUUCUUUGGGAUUCUAAUGAUGACUCUCUAGACUUUGUGGAAACCGAGAGCCCAGCCUACCGGGGAAAGAUAGAAAAGAUUCGCAUCACUCCUGGACAAGAGCGUUUUCACUUCUUUCGGUAUCAAAACUGCUGGUUUGCUUUCUACCGCGACCCGCACCGGAAGGCUCUGGACUCCUUCUCGAGAAAUGCCGAGGAUAUCACAUUUUAUUACAUGGCCUGGAACCAGAAAAUUCUGGAUGAUCUUCUGGUGGAUAUCCAAAAAUACAAUGUUGACGGCCGCCUUGGUCAAUUGGCCGUGUUCUGUGCACAUCAAAAUAAGCGGGAUGUGGGCUGGCAGAAGAUGUGCGACGAGAUUCCUCGCAGCCUAGACAGCCUAGCGCAGGAUGGAGAGAUGAAGCGAGAGAUGAUUGCCGAUGUCGAAAGAUUCCUCAGCAAAGACGUUAUUGAGUUUUAUCGGAAACUUGGCAUCCCACAUCGACGAGGCUAUCUGUUUCAUGGCCCACCGGGGACUGGUAAAAGCAGCUGCUGCAAGGUGAUUGCCACGCACUUUGAGCUUCCAAUGUAUAUAAUCAACCUCGCAACCGUUGAUGAUUUUGGUCUACAAGAGUUGUUCCGCACACUACCGGCUCUUCCUGCACGCUGUAUGGUGGUACUGGAAGAUAUAGACACAGCCGGGAUCGAUCAGCGUGGCAAUACUGUGAAUGAAGAAAAGGAUACAUCUCGUCCGAAAGGAAUCACGUUGGCAACUGUUCUUAAUGCGUUGGAUGGCAUUGGAGCCCACAGCGGCCACAUACUCGUUGCCACCACGAAUGCCGAGGCAAGCCUUGACUCGGCUCUGACUCGACCUGGACGUUUAGACAAGCAAUUUGAGUUCCGAAAUCCCGAUGCAUCGACAAUACACGACUACUUCUCUUUCUUUUUCGGUAAUCGUGAUGCCAAUGCAACGUCCCCAAAUACAAAGCUUGAUCUGCUGGCCAGUCAAUUCUCCGACGCCGUUUCUCUUUUGGCCUUGUCACCUGCUGCGCUGCAGGAGUAUUUCUUGCAGUGCAAUAAAGACCCGGAGCUUGCAGUCAAAAAUGCGGCAAAAUUAGAAACCACCGAUCUAAAAUCGGCUGGUCCUUAA